AUGAAGGUGCUUCUAGUGACGGCUGUGAUAUGCGGUGCGGUGGCACUCGUCCUUGGCGUGCCGUUGCCGGCGGCCAACCCCGAACCGGCGGCCGCCCCCGGGCCGGACCCGGUCGCCCAACCAAAGACGGACAUCGAGCUGAUGAAGAUCCCGCUGGACGACGAUAAGGAACUGGACGUCAUCACGCUAAUAAACUCCGAAGACCAGCAAAUCAACGAGCGCAACAAACGCACGAUCGGUAUCCUGCGCGAGCUGUUCCCAUCGAUCUCUCAGAUUCUGGAUCAGAAAAUUCAGAUGAUCACCUCGUACCUGUUCCGCACGAUCGGCCCGAUUUUGCUGCGCAGCGGUCUCGGUCUGGGCGGUGGCGGAGCCGGCGGCGGUACCGACAGUAACCGCGGGAGCUCCAGCGACGACGACGACGACGAUUUCGAUUUCGACGACGACGACGACAACGAUAGCAGCGACACCAAGAAGCCAUCGUCCGGCGGUGGCGGCAGCAGCGGUGGACCGAAGGUGAGCAUCUCGCUGCCCACGUUCCCACCGUCCACUGGGCUGGAUGACGACGACGACGACAGCAGCAGCAAGGGCCCAAGUAGCACCGCCCCGACCACAACCGUCAGCGGUACCAGUGAGCCGGAACUGGACCUGGGCGGCGAUAGACCGGACGACCGGAACGAGGUGCGCAAGCGCGCUACGUCGACGUCGAAGGCGUCGACGGCGGAUGGCAGCGACCGGAUCGAUCUGCUGGCCGACCUGAGCCAGUUCGACCUGAGCACCGAAGCGUCGCCAUCGACUGUGGCGGCGGCGGUUACGACCACCAGCGAACCCAAGUCCAACCUGAUCACCACCAGCGAGGACGCCAAUACGCUCAACACACUGGACCUGGCCGGCCUGAGCGAUACGCUGAACGCGAUCCGGCGAGCGCGUGCCACCGAGGAGAAGGCGGCCGUCUCCGGCGACCAAAACGCUGCCGAGUCGUCCGCCAACAGCUCGAGCCUGGACGAGCUGACCCUCGACUCCGAGGGUACCGAUGAGGACCGCAACAAGAGAUUCCUGUCCUUCGGUGGCAGCAGCGGAGGCGGCGGUGGUUCAGGCAACUUCCUGUUCGACAUCAUCCGCCGGGCAGCGGAUCGCGCCGCGCGUGCCGCUGGAACCGUUUAUCGGGUUGUCGCCGGCACCGAAUCACUGACGACCGCUCUCGAGACCGACAACAGUAAAGACGAUGGACAUUCCACUACUUCCCACUCUGCCACCUCUCAUAGCCACUCUUCGCUUGUGUCGGGCAGCUCGGGCACGGAACAGAGCGACGAGAAAGCCCACUCGCCGGACGAUCACGACCUCGGCAAGGGUGACGGCUACACUGAGGGCAUCCCCGGACCGGUGACGCGCCUGUUCGUGCUGGCAAACCGCGGUCUGUCUAACCUCAUCCAGGAUCUGAUUCUGCGAAUCGCACAAACCAGUGAACGAGUGGUUAACUUCAAAGCACGUCUUAUCACGUCACUAAUCUAA